UCGACUGUCGAGUGUCAUCAAUUUGUUUGUUUUUCAAUUUAAUGUUAUAAAAUAAAAAUAUCACAGUCAAAGAAAAAAGUUCAUUUAGAUAGGCUUGCAGAUGCAGUCUGCCUGCAGUCAUAGAUAUUGACUAAUGCACUUUGCAAUAAGUCAACUAAUAAUUCAAUUCUAGUUUUGUUUGAGACAUUGUAAUGCUGUAAAUUAAAUUACUAUGGCAAUCCUUCAUACAAUAUUUGCUGUCCAUUUGCUAUUAUUUAUUGGAUCUUGUUGUUGUAGAAUACACAAACUAGAUAUAAAGAAUGAUGAAAGGAAGUAUAUUGCUCUUAGCACUUUUGGAUUUUACAAAGAAGGCAUCUUGGAUGUUAAGCUUUCGAUGUUUAAAGGAACGCCUCAAAUAAAAGAAACUGACAUUUACGGAUUCAGCGUGGAUCGGACUAUGAAUGAUGCCAUGAACCCGUAUCUGGACAUACACCAGGAGCACUGUCUGCUGGAGUCUCCGGUGCUGCAGUCGUCAAGCGCCGACGCCGUACUGUUAACACUAGACCUAAAGAGUAGACAGUUGCGGGUAAACUGCAGUAAGCAGCUGCGGUACCUGCACAUCUACAAGAACCGCUCGUCCAUCCCACCACUGCGGCUCAAGCGAGACUCACUCAGUGACCAAAGUCUCAUGCUCACACGCAGGAAGAGGGAUCAGCAAGAGAAAGAGCAAAAGAUGACAGUUCCAGGAGAGCAGUCUUCCUGCGCUGAUUUACAGAUUCCGAUUGUUUACGAUAAGAAUCGUGGCGUUUACAACACUAGUUUUGUCAUCUACGUAGCGACUGAAGCUGAAGAGGGAUUGUACAACCUCUACUUCCACAGCUGUCCUAACUACGGUAGUUCUCCCGUCUCGCUGGACUUCACGAUGGAGAUAGAAGAGAACAACAAAGGCAAUUACCUCUCGGCUGGGGAAAUGCCUCUACCAGCUCUUUACACGAUGAUGUCCAUUCUGUUCUUUCUGUCGGGUUGUUUCUGGGUGUUCAUUUUAGUUAAGAGCAAACACCCUGUUUACAAGAUCCACUAUUUGAUGGCAGUCCUGGUAUACCUCAAGUCUUUGUCUCUCAUGUUCCACUCCAUCAAUUAUCACUUCAUCCAGAUUAGAGGAGAGCAUGUUGCGGCCUGGGCUAUUCUCUACUACAUCACUCAUUUAUUGAAAGGAUCGGUUCUAUUCAUCACGAUUGUACUUAUUGGUACUGGAUGGACGUUUAUAAAACACAUUCUAUCUGACAAAGAUAAAAAGAUAUUCAUGAUCGUCAUACCAUUACAGGUACUAGCAAACGUAGCAAAAAUAAUAAUUGAGGAGUCCGAGGAAGGAGACGUGGAACACAAGACAUGGCUGGACGUGUUCAUGUUGGUAGACCUGCUCUGUUGUGGUGCCAUUCUCUUCCCCGUCGUCUGGUCAAUCAGGCAUUUACAGGAAGCAUCCCACACUGACGGCAAAGCUGCCAUUAAUCUCCGAAAGCUCAAGCUAUUCAGGCACUUCUACGUGAUGAUCGUGUGCUACAUAUACUUCACUCGAAUAAUUGUCUACUUAUUACAGAUGACAGUGUCAUUUCAGUAUGAGUGGCUGGAUGAAAUGUUUAGGGAGAUGGUUACUUAUGUAUUCUUUGUCAUGACGGGUUACAAAUUCCGACCGGCUUCAGCAAACCCAUACUUCCAAGUCACCAAUGAAGAUGAGGAAGAUCCUGAUGACGAAAUGGAUGUUGUAGUCAGUCAAUGUGGGGUGAAGGAAGGCCUCAGUAAACUGUCCAGGGUGACGACCUUGGAGGCGACACAUGAAGAGAAAGAUCUGCUCAUCAACAAACGGGAAAGCAGUCACGAAUAUGAUUAAACUAUAUUUGCAAUUUGGUUCAAUAACCGAGUUUAUUUAUGCGUGUGAUAGUAUUCUCCUAAUCCACCUCGUUUGAAAACUUCACACUACUUAAUUCCGACUUUGUAUUUUUCACACGUUAUGUGGGCUGGCAAUGUAUAUACUUUAAUUCUUUUUUACUUUUUUGCAAUAUAAUUCAAGUGCACAUAGGUUUUAAUGCUGGGCUGCAAAAUUUUCAGGCUGAGUGUAAAAUAAUUUGGAUGUAGGCCUACCAAUAUUUGUGACUGUUCACAAUAAAAGUUAGAGUUUCUUACUCAGGACAAAAAAAAAUAUACAUAAAUAAAAUAACUAAAGACCUAACAAAACUUCUGUUGAAAUUAAUUACAGUGUAUCACCUUUGAUUAUGUUAUAGUCCUGACUAAGUUUUAAACAUGUUUUUUUUAUUUUUAUCAGAUAUAUAGCAGUCUACAAUGAAAAGCAUUGAAAUAAUAAAUCAAAGAUAAACGCAGUUAACAUCCAUCCGAACUAUCACAUUUUGAAAUAUUUUAUUAUAUCUAGUUUACUAGGGCCAUUUAGUUUUCACUUAACUGGAGAAAUUUGUGAUUUAGCAUCAAAAUCUAGUUCUUACUUGAUUUUUAUUGGAAUGAACUACCAGAUUUUUACAUCUUUGAAGAUGAAUAUCGAUAUUUUUAUCAGAAUCGAUAAAAAUACUAGCAGUUAAUAGCAACUCCCGUAUAGAAACAACACCACUUCUCAUUAAAACAUUCUCAUGUGGUCUACUGUUCAUUUUGUCAAAACAUUACAUGGUUUUUUGGCAGUAUGAACUGUUUUCAUUGUCAUACUUUUUUUUACUUCUUUAUUCUAUUGUCAUAAUAUGAAUCCAACUUUUUGUUAGAAUAAAUUGAAAGUCCUUGUAGUUUACGUUCAUAAUAUUGGAUAGUAUUAUUUCGCCAUUGGUUUGAUGUGACUACUUUUAGUUUAUUUUCCUACAUUAUUAUUUCGGCUGAUUUUGAUAGUGACCAUUUUUUUUUUUAUGUACAUAAUAUAAGCAAUGAGAUUAGUAGUUAUUUCCAACCACUGUAAGUACAUAGGAAGUAAAAAAAAACUAUUUACUACAUUGUGGAAUUUCAGUAUGUUUUAUCUUUAGGUAGUUUGUUGUGAUAUUUUCUCUCAUCGGAUUGUAGUUAAACCUUAUAAAUAAUUAUAAAAUUAGAAUUUUAAACCUAAUUAGUAAACGUUUCUGAAAUAAGCUGCUUCCGUAGUACUCCUGUUGCUCUCUUUCUCCACUCUAAUGAAUAAAAAGUCUAGUAAUGUUCGCUUAGCUUUUCAAACCAAAGAUAUUUUCCUUGCUCAGAUAUUGCAUCUGAGUCAGUAGUUUAAAUUGUUUUUGAAUUAGCCAAGAGCCAUUUUAAUAUUGGUUACACAACAAUUCGUGGUUAGGUGAAAUAAUGUUACUGUUUUACAUAACCUAUUUUCAACACCUUAUGUAAAAACUGUACAUUUAACCGGUUUAGACGAUUUUAAUUUUUUAGAAUCCAAAGUAUAGAUAAGUGCUUCGGGUUGUAAGGAAUGAAUUAAAAUUACAAAAAUAUGCUUCACAUUGUUUUAAAAUCUGUUGUAUACUAUAAUAUGAAUAACUAAAAAAAACUAUAGGCCCUAUAUAAAAAAAUAUAAGCAAAAAAUCAAAUAUAACGCUAACUCUGCAACUUAUUUUAUGAAAUUGAAUACUUUCUUAAAAAAUUGUAUUAAUGGUCUGGGACUUGAAGGAUUUUAAUCGUAUGAUAAUAAAACCUGGAUUUAAAAAUGUUUUUAUUUAGUAGUUGUAUUUUUUUUUCAAUUAAGUCUCGACUGAAAAGCAAUGUACGCUAGCAACUUUUGUAUUAUUUUGUACAUAGCACAUUGUGAAAUAAAAAUGUUUUGUAAUUAUUAAA